AUGUCUUCAAACAAGCUCGCGACUUAUGAGAGUCAUAACGCCGCCGCCUGGUGUGCGGAAUCGGAGGCGGGCGACGCCGAAGAAGUACCCAUCCCGACAACUGUCGGAGUUAGAGCUCCUGUUAUCCGACAGGAAUUUUCUAGAUCGGCUUCGGUAAUCAGAGGAACCGACACCGGUGGAGGUGGUCGCGGUCGUAGCAUUAACAAUGCUACCCGUGGACGUGGUCGUAGGAUCGAUGUCAAUGUUCGUGGACGCGGGCGUGGAACAAUUGAUCGUGGUAGCGGCCGAAAUGGCAGCCACCGCGGUGGCGGAGUCACUCGAGGUGACUCGAGGGGCAAUGCUGGUCGUGGCGGGCACCAAUCCGUAUCCACGGGACGUGGUAACGGACGAUUGGUCGAGAAUGCUCCUCGGGGAGGACAUUCUCGCGAUGGUACUGGCUCUUCUGGCCAUGUACCUUCAGAUAACCAUCGUGCCGACCAGGAACUACCUCGCCGUCCGGUUAAGAAAGACAGAGAGCCAGGUCUCCAUUCAAGCACUGCUUGGGCCGUCCCAGCUGGUCUCAUGACUGAAGCAAAGAAAUUGCAACUUGAGAAUGACCGAAGCUCGCGCACCAACACAGCACGUUUCCUGAAGAAGCCUGCUGAUGGAGAGGUAUUCUCAGCCAUCGGAUUCUAUCAAUGGCCAGUGAGAGGAGUAGACCCAGGGCUUUUAUUUGGCGAACAACUGAAGGACCUUGACCAUUUAAAGACCAGUUGGAAAGUCUUUAUCCAGUGGAAUCGUGCCCGCCGCUGGCUAGUAAUCUCUGCCGUGUCACCGUCCAGUGAAGCCACCAUCAUUGAAGUCAUCAAAGGUAUUCGACAAGCUGCUGAUAGUGCUCUUACUCGAGCCAACAUGGAAGAAACUGUUUUCAUUGUUGUACCGCCCCGAUAUUCUACUCAGUCUACUCUCCUCAAAGCAUCUAUCAGCUUUGAAGGCCAAAGACAUGUCUCUGAGAUCAAGUUUUCUAAGAUUUCUUCCAAUGAAGAGUUGAAGAGACAGAGCCCCCGCCGCUCGUUAAAAGUGGAAGCCACCGUCGAGCAGUUCCGUGAAAAGUUGAGCGAUCAUCUCAACGAGCUCACUCGUCUCAAUGACCGCAUGCAGAUGCGAGUACAUUUUGGAGAACUACAUCUCACACGCUGGCAAACAGUCCUGACUGAUGGCCAACAAGAUUGGGAUGCUUUCAGGAAGAUGAUGGCUCGUAAAGGAAUUAGGGGCGUAUUCGAAAAAGCUGUUGAUCCUCGAGCUGUCAUUCACAUGAUGGCCGAUGUGAAGUCAAAACUUGACAAGUUCAUGGUUUGGAAUAGCACGGACUACGACUUGCAGGACGUGAAGCCAAAAUUUGCUGCGAUCCUCGCCGUACAAAAUUCAUCAGGCCAGAUGUUCCAGAUUGAGGCAGACAUUGACACGGUUUAUGGCGGAUACCAAUGUGGUGUAGUCAAAGUUGUUGAGGAAGAACGUCGCAACAAGUGCGUGGAGAUUGUGACUAUUGACAUUGAACAAGUUGAUUGGACCAUUGAAAUCAUCAGUGAGACAGCCGGCACCGUAGUCGAUAGCUCGUUUCAAGACUUGGUUCAAAGUUGCUUGCAACCAUACGUUCGUACGGGAUUAAAUACUCGAAGAAUGGAGGAGCGUAAAGACAAGUAUGGAUUCGUAUAUCCUAGAAUUACUCCCCGUGUUCAGGCUGGUCUACGUGUCGAGAAGGUUACACUUCAGAGCAUCUAUAGGUUCAAGACUCAAAAGGGUGGCUACUGCCUUGAAUUCACCAUCAACAGAAACUGGAAUGGUUUGAGCACUGUAGCAGAGCCAGAUAUCUGUGCCGGAGUCACAGUUUUCCAUGAUCUUUGGGAUACAGAUAUGGAGGCGAAUGAUCACACUACGAUGGAGCGCGACUGGCAGAGGGAUAUGAGUAACUUCUUUCCAGCUGGGGGAUGUGAAGCUUUUGUCGAAGAGCUCGAUGAACUCCUCUUGAGUUUCCAUCAAUCAAUGAACGAAAGCAGAGCCUAA